AUGCAGGACAGGGACGAUUACAUUGCAGUGGUUACAACAACUACGGAAAAAUGUGGUACAUUUAAAAUCUAUAUUCAAGGAACAAAACCGAAGAACGCCCCAAUCCUCCUGACCGUGCCAGACUUGGGAUGUGAUCAUUCCUACUACACACGUUUCGUCAACGCGCAUUUUCCCGGUCGGUUUUGUUGGUGCCACAUCGAACUCCCUGGGCAAAGCUUUUGCAGCCCCGACUGGUCAACCGAUUUCGAUGAGUCCUCAGAGGCUACUAGUCUCACUCAAUCAGCUGCAUCGCCCACAAACAAAAGCUAUCCCACAAUGCAAGAAUUGGCGGAAGGCGUCCGGAUUGUUAUGGAGAAAAUGGAGAUAAACCAAGCUAUAUUAUUCGGAGAAGGAGCUGGAGCGAACCUUUUAUCAAGAGUAGCAAUACUUUGUGAUUCCCGAGUGCUUGGUUUGCUACUCAUACACGGACGCUGCACACCAUCUGGGCCAUUGAAUUUACUACGCGAAAAGAUGCGUAACUGGAAGAGCGGCAAGUUAGAACCAGCCACCGAAAAGUACUUACUAGAACAUCGGUACAGUACUGUAUCCGAAACAGGGCUACCCGAAGCACUGAAACAGGAAUUACGUUCAUACAAGGAAAACUUGAUAUCGAAAGCGAACAUAAAGAACUUGAACUUGUUGACAUAUUCUUAUGCUCACCGAAAGAGCAUGGCCGAGAUGCUUCACCUUUUAAAUUGCCCAGUUUUGCUCAUCUCUGGCACCAUGUCUGACCACCGAGCCGGAGUACGAAACAUGUUUGAAACCAUCAACAAAGCGAACAAAAAUGUGACAGACAGCCGCAUUGACGUGGAACUCAUUGAAAUAGAGGGUGUCCGAAGCCCUUUAGUGGAAAAGCCGGAAAAAGUCGCCGAAAUUGCGCUGUACUUUUUUCAAGGCCUCGGUUUGAUAACAUCAUCCCGGUCGAGUAUAACGUCGCACUCCGGUGAUACAAGCGUCUCGGAGAAUGCACCGGCCACGGGAUCUCCAGGGAAGCGUACAUGUGCAGAGUUGGUCAACCUAGACCCAGCGCCUGGUCUGACCAGUUUAUCAACCCAUUCUGGCGAUACCACUGACCGAAAAAUUUCGGAUAUCGGGGACAGGGAUUGCCCGUUGUUACCACAGAAAUAUUUUGGUCGGCAAAUGUCAAUGGUAGAACUGGAUCUACCGCGAGGUGCAGAUGCUCUCAGCUCCAUGAAAUUGCUUUGUCACGGCGUCAACACUCCACCACAGCCUUCCCAUUUGUAA